AUGCUUCCUCUCUGGGCAACAAAGUGGCUUCGCCUCUCUUCAUACACAGAUGAUCCUCUCUUCAAACAAAGUACUUCACUCUCUUCAUCAGAAUGCUUCUCUCUUCAACAAAGUACUAUCCUCUCUUCAUUCAAGGGGUGCUUCCUCUCAUAUCAACCAAGUGUUCCACUCUCUUCAACAAAUGUACUUACCUCUCUUUCCAACAAGUGCUUCCUUCUUCAUCAAGGUUGCUUCCUCUCUUCAUCAAGAUGCUUUCCUCCUUCAACAAAGUACUUCCUCGAGUGCUUCCUCUCUUCACAUAAGUGCUUCCUCUCUUCUCAAAGUAGUACAUCUCUUCUUCACAAAGUUAUCUUCCUACUCGUUCAUCAAGUGCUUCCUCUCUUCAACAAAGUGCUUCCUCUCUUCAUCAAGAUGCUUCCUCUCUUCAAACAAAGUACUUCCUUUCUUUCAUCAAGAUGCUUCCUCUUUCAAAAAUUCUCCUCAAUCAAGAGCUACUUCCUCAAUAGCUUCUCCUCAUCAAGGUGCUUUCUCUCUUCAACAAAAGAUGCGUUCCUCUCUUCUUCAAAGUACUUCCUCUCUUUCAACAAAGUGACUUCCUCUCUUCAUCAAGGUUGCUUCUCUCUUCAUAAGUGCUUCCUCACUAAAAGUGUACUCACUCCUCAUUCUGCAAGUCACUCAAAGUACUUCUUAAAGCUUCCUCUCUUCCAAGUCAUCUAUCUUCAACAGUGCUUCUCUCUUCACAAUACUCCCUCUAAGACUUCCAUCUCUUCACAAGUGCUUCCUCUCUUCAAUCAAGGUGCUUCCGCUCUCUUCAUCAAGAUGUUCCUUCCUCCAAAGUCUCCUCUCUUCAAAGUACUUCUCUCUUCAACAAGUUACUUCCUCUCUGCAUCUAAGUGCUUCCUCUCUUCAACAAAGUGCUUCUCUUUCUUCAAGCUACUCCUCAAGUUGCUUUCCUCUCUUCUAACAAGUAGCUGGUCCUCUCUUCAUCAAGGUGCUCUCCUCUCUAUCAAGAUGAUUCCGCAUGGCUCUAUCUUCCAGGUGCUUCUUCUCUAA